AUAAUUUGAGUUUUAGAAACGUCAAUGGAAUCCAGUUUGUGGCGAAGAUGUAUCUUAUUGCAGUGUUCGUCCUUUUGGGGACGGGACUGACAGUAAACUGCGAGAUUCACUCCCUCAAGUACAUCUACACCGCCUUCUCCAAACCUGUCGGACUUCCGGGCAUUCAUGAGUUCACAGCUAUGGGUCAGCUGGACGGCAGGAUGAUCGACUACUAUGACAGUGAUAAAAAGGAAAAAGUUCCCAAGCAGGACUGGAUGAAAGAGCGACUUCCUGCAGAGUACUGGGACAAAGGCACAAAGUCCCGCCUCAGAAAGCAGCAGUGGUUCAAUGACAGUAUCGACAUCCUGAAGAAACAAAUGAAUCAGACCGAUGAUGAUCUCCAUGUUCUUCAGUGGAUGGUUGGCUGUGAGGGUGAAACAGGGCCUGAUGGCUUAUUUACGUUUCGCCGUGGUGUGUACAUGUUCAACUACGAUGAUCAAGACUUCCUGUUCUUUGAUGGCGCCAACUCAAUAUGGGUUGCUGCAAAUCAUAUAGCAGGCCUGACCAAGAGAAAGUGGAAUGAAUCCCAGAUUCUAAAAGAUUACAUCAAACUCUACCUCGAGCACAUUUGUAUACAGUGGUUGGACAACUUCAGGACAUAUGGGAAAAAACAGCUGGACGCUGCCUCUCCACCAGAUGUGUACGUGUUUGCCAAGAAAACCAGAAUUGAGGCAAACCUCAUGUUGACCUGCCUGGCCACCGGUUUCUACACAAAAGACAUCACCCUUAACUUCAGAAGGAACGACCGCAUUCUGACUAAAGAGGACGGGUUGAUCUCCUCAGGCGUUCGACCAAAUGAAGACGACACCUUCCAGAGAAGAGACAGUGUGGAGAUUUUAAAGAGUGACAUUUCUUCAUUCACAUGUGAAGUCAUUCACAGAGCAUCUAAUCUAUCUGUUAAGAAGGAUUGGGGUAAGAAACUUUCUUAUUUCAGUUUACAGUUCGUCACAGUGCAACAAAGUUGA